AAGAAAAAUUACUUCAAGAAUCUGAAGCCAAGAAAAAAUUGGAAUCUUUAAAUUCUCAACUUGAAACUGAAAAAUCAAAUCUUGAAGAAGAAUUACAAAAUGAACGUUCUUUAGUCAUUGAUAAAGAAGAAAUUUUAAAACAAACACGUCAAAGAGAGUUAGAUCUUGAAGAUGAAGUUAAAGAAUUAAAUAAUGAACUUGAAGAAAUUGUUGGAAAAUGUGAACAACUUUCUCAAUCAAAGAAAAUUUUAGAAAGUAAAAUGCAAGAUCGUGGUCUUUUGGAUGUACAAGCUCAAUUAUUAACUCAACAAGAAGUUAAAAAUAAUCAAAAGGAAAUUAUUCAACUUGAACAUUCUAAU